GCGAUGGCCGCUCGUUUAACAUUAUUUGGUUUUAGGGCAUAAACAAAGAUUUCGUGAAAUAUUACGCUUUGUAUGGAAACUACAUAGCACCGGGAAUGUAUCGACGUCGUUAUAACUGAGCUAUUGUGCCCACGGGCAAAAACGGAGUUACCUUUUCAGUUUGGUACUCAGUGUUUUUCCUCGUUCGUCCUAGGCCUACUAGCUUCACUUGAGCGGCGGGUUGGUAGUUUCGGAUGAAGCGGGCAAUCGGUUUGAAAGAGGCGGGUUCGGUUAGGCGAGUGAAGGACGUUUAGCAAGCUAACUUAGGUCGAUCGUUGUACAGAAAGAAUGUUUUGAAUAACCACUAUCAUAUUUACGAAACUUAACUAGCUAGCCGCCCGGCGAGUUGGGGUUUGAAUAGCUAGCUAACUUGUUAAAUUGAACUGAGUACGGUAGCAGCUAACGCUAGUUACACAUGCUAACCUAGUUUAGAUAUAGCUAGUUAGUCAAGGUGAUCCGAAGUAUCUACCUAUCUAACGUUACAAUAAGUUACCGUAGUUAUCUAAAUCAUAACUAGCGGAUUGAAAAUAGUGGAAUGCUAUCUAAACACAACUAUCUAGCGUGUGACGUUGUCAUUGUUUUGACAGCAGCACCAGGCUGGAGCGAGUUUACAGUAUGCCAGAGUUAUAGCAUGGAUCCAGACAGUGAGCCGGAUACACAACGAGCUCUCAGUUUGCAAUGGAAGAGCUAUAAGCUCGUCCAAGACCCAGCCAUCCGGAGGGUUAACAACAAAAUAUAUCGAUAUGAUGGGGUACAUUUCAGUGUGCCGGACUCGGGGUUCCCCCCAGUGGGAGAUUUGCGGGACCCUCGACCUCGUAGGAUCUGGUCCAGGCACACAGAGAUGGCCCUGCCAGUGCCUAAGUUCAAGCUAGAUGAGUUCUACGUGGGCCCCAUUCCCCUCAAGGAGGUGACCUUCGCUCGCCUCAAUGACAACAUCAAGGAACCCUUCCUGGCCGAGAUGUGCGCCAAGUUUGGAGAGGUGGAGGAGAUGGAGAUAUUGUUUCACCCCAAGACCCGUAAGCACCUGGGCCUGGCCCGCGUGCUCUUCACCAGCACCAGGGGGGCCAAGGACACGGUCAAACACCUGCACAACACCUCCGUCAUGGGCAACAUCAUUCACGCUCAGCUGGACAUCAAAGGCCAGCAGAGGCAGAAGUAUUAUGACCUGAUAGUGAGCGGAUCCUACACACCCCAGACUGUACCCACAGGAGGCAAGGCCCUGACAGAGCGGUUCCAGCCCCCAGCUCCCACACAACCAGACACGUCGUCAGAUAUCAGGCGGAGACUGUCCUCUGAGAUAGCUGGCCUGGCUGUGGGCUUGGCUGCAGGGGUGCCGGCUCUCACUCCUGGGAGCACCACCCCCUGCUCUGUGGACACGGGCUUCAGUGAGCAGCGUCUAGACACGACCCCCUCCUCCAUGGGCGGGCCCUACACCCCAGGCUCCUCCGCUUCCUCGCAGGGAGGAGGAACGCCCUACACCCCUCGCUCUGUCUCACAGGACUCGGGCUACGCUGUUGCCAGACAAGUUGGAUACAGUGCUGGCCCAUUGACCAGUGGCUACCCUUCCCAGGACACGCUUCCCUCCUCCUCCUCCUCUGCUGUCUCCUCAGUCGGGGCAUACAAAGCUCCCCGCUACCCGGAGGACCCCCAUGCACCUCCGCAAGACCCCUACCAAAGGUGUCGCCCCACGUACCCCCCCACCGGCCCGUUCCGUCCUAACGAGCCCCCGCUCUACCCCACAUACCCUAACGCUGGAGGGGCUGGACAGCACAUGGCACACCACCCUGCGAUGCCUCCCCCACCUCCUGCACCCCAGUACGAGCAGCCCCCUCUGGCAGACAGGGACAGAGAGCGGGACAGAGACUCAGGAGCGCGGUACGGUGCCGGUGGAAUCGGCUCUAGAAGGUCAUCUUACCAGGAGGCCAAGUAUUCCCACCACUCACAUCACUCUGAGAGGGAGAGGGGCUACAGACGGGACAGCCUGGGCUCCAGAGAACACGGCAGACACCGUAACCACCAUUCACACAAUCACAGCAGCAGUAGUAGCAGCAGCCGACGACGGAGCAGCCACGACCGAGACAGCAGGGAGAGGGACAGAGACAGCGACUACUCAAACAGCUCCGACCCCAGAUUCAACGCCAACUCCCACCGCUCCUCCUCCAACAGCCUGUCCCCGCCUCCAUCCGCCUACCCCUCUUACUCCUCCUCCUCCAAAGACCAACCCCCUCCCCACGUCUCCUCCCGCCUGGAGCCCUCCUCAGUGUACCGUGCCCAGUCUAGUGGUGCUGGUUCUGGGGAGAGGGGGUCUGGGUCUGACAACAAGGACCCCCGAUCCCACCACACCCCUCUGCCGCCCCCUCCACCUCCUCCCCUCCCCCCUGCCUCUGUGAUAGCGGCGGCUGUAGCCGAGACGCUCAGCGCCCUUGACUUUGGCCAGGAGAGCCCAGUCAGAGAGGAGACGUGGACCAAGCCCAAACGCCGGCCCACCACCCCACCUCCCCCUCCUCAGCAUCCCUCCUCACCCUCCUCCACCUCCCUCCCUCACCAUCUCCCCUCCUCCACCUCCCUCUCCCCACCCCCCCAGCGAGACUCCUCCUCCCCGGAGCCAGAUUCCACCAAUGAGAGCCUGCCAUUUGUCUACCACAGCAGCAGCUUAGACUCUCGUAUUGAGAUGCUCUUGAAGGAGCAGAAAGCAAAGUUCUCCUUCCUGGCCUCCGAUGAAGAUGAGGAGGAGGACAGGAAGGAAGAAAGGCAGAGAGAGAAGGCAGCAGCAGGGGAGGGAGGAGCAGCAGGGGAGGGAGGAGCAGCAGCAGGGGAGGGAGGAGCAGCAGCAGGGGAGGGCAGGAGCAAUAAGCAGAGGGAGCAGGAUGGGGAGAAAGACAGGCGGAGGAGACAAGGAGGAGAUGGUGGAGGCCAGCAGAGGAGGAAAGGAGAGAGAGAUAGAGACGGCCGCAGAGGGAGGAAGCAGAGAACAGGGGGAGAGGGGAGGAAGAGUCCCACUGUAGUUGCACCAGCUACCCCCUCCUCCGCCACCUUCUCUCCCCGCAUCCCCACUACAGAUGACCAUACUAGUCUCCAUGGAACAGGACCUCUGCAGGAGGAGACAUCCCAACCUGAGUCUAUUGAUCCAAGGACCAGACAAGGGGCACACACACCCCCCUACAACGGACAGAGUCAGUCAUCCCCUCAUUCCUCUGGGGAGGACAUGGAGAUCUCAGACGAGGAUGAGGAACACACCAUUACAGCAGUGACCACCCACCACGCCACUCCUUCCUCCAUCUCUUCCCCGUCUUCAUCCCAGGCCCCCCUGCCCUCCCAGACAGACCCCUCUGCCUCCCCCUCUGACCCCACACAGCACUUUGGCACGUCCAUGCCUGCUCCACCCAUCCCCUCUUACCCCACUCACCUCCCUCCCCCGGGCUUUUCCCUGCAGCCCCCUCCACCCCCCUGCAUCCCCCCACCGCUGGCCCACAUGGAGCUGCACCCUGAGUACCCUCCGCCCAUGCCCCCACACAUGUAUGACUAUGCCAGCAGUAUGGAGCUGAUGAACCAGUACAGUGGCGGAGCCCCCAUGUCCUUUCAGAUGCAGACCCAGAUGCUGAGUCGGCUGCACCAGCUGAGGAUGUCCUCCUCUAAUGGCACCGCUGCCCCCGGUGACGCCCCCCUUCAGACUACUACCACUAUGCCCCCUCCCCCACACCCCCACCACCCUUACAUGGACCAAGAGGGGGGUGGCUACGACCAGGACCACCACUACAUGCCCCCCCACAUGCCCUACGCCUACCCUGGCCCCUCUCAGAUGCCCCACCACGCCAUCCCCCCUCCACACACCGGCUGGCCCCCGCAUGUCUUACCCGAACACUACACGUACCACACCCCGCCGCCCUAUGGGACUAUGCCUCCUGUGGAGGGAGAGGCCCAGUACGGGGCGGAGGGGGACCCCCAAAUGCCCCUGCUAACAGAGAACCCCCACGAGGCCACAGUGCAGCUGGUGCUGGCCACCCUCAUCCAGGAGAUGAAGAGCAUCAUGCAGAGGGACCUCAACCGCAAGAUGGUGGAGAACAUCGCCUUCGGAACCUUCGACGAGUGGUGGGAGCGCAAGGAGACCAAAGCAAAGCCGUUCCAGACCAUGGUUCGGGGUGUGGCUGCAGUGAGGGACGAGGACAAGAAGGAGGAGAACAAGGUCAGCAGCAAGCCCCGGGAGCCCCUCAUGUCUCUGGUGGACUGGGCCAAGAGUGGAGGAAUGGAAGGCUUCUCACUGAGAGGGGCGCUACGACUACCCUCAUUCAAGGUGAAGAGGAAAGAACCUCAGGAGCUAGCAGAGGUAGGAGAGAUGAAGAGACCCAAGACACCGCCAGAGGAUGAUGACGAAGACUCGUACCAUGAGAAGGGUCUAGAGGUAGGAAUGGCAGAUGGGGAGGGCCACAGGGCUGAGAGGGACAGCAGGCGGAGGAAGAAGAAGACCAGAAGUCGGAAACCUUGGGACCUGGACAGUGAAGGAGAGGAGACUUCUGAUGGUUCUUCUUCAGAUAAGGAGGAUGAGGAAAGUGACAAGGAGUCUGAAGAUGAGGCCUUGAGUGCUGACAGCGAUGAUGAGAGCCUCUCCUCAUCCACAGAGAGUUCUUCCUCCUCAACAUCAUCCUCCUCUGAAGACGAGGAUGAGGAGGAAGGAGAGCAGGCCGGGAGUGGACUGGACACCAUGGAUGAGUCUACGAUGGACAGCACAGUUCUGGACACAGAGAAGGAGGAUGACCGAGAAAAGUCUGCAGCUGCUGUUCCAAAGGCACCGCUCAGCACGGAGAUCAAAGCAGAAAUUGCUGCCAGCAAGAAGGAUUCAUCAACACCCAGCUCAAACGCUCGUCCUCCAGCCCCCCGCCCCUCCUCCCCCAUUGUCAUUGUUCCUCCUCUCAAGAAGCGACGGAAGACCGUCUCGUUCUCUACCGGGGAGAGCGACUACAAACCCCACCUGCCAACGGUCCCCUUGUCCCCACCUCCCUCCACUGCCUCUCCUCUCUUCUCCCCCAUCAAGUCUCACCUUCCAGACUCCAUCCUCAUCGUCUCCACACCUGGAACCACCCCCUCCAAGACUCUCUCACUCCUCCCCUUUGCCUCCAAACCAGGCGAAGGCCACACCCUCUCUCCCUCCCCUGUUCUCACUGUUCCCUCGCCUGUAUGCCCUGAAGACUUCAAAAAGAGCCCUGUCCCUCUGGUGUCCCCCCCAAUCACCCCCACCAAGUCCCCCAACAAACGGGGGGCCUCUCCCAAAUCCCCCACCCCUGCUCCAGUGUGGGUGUGUCGCACUGUGCAGAACCUCCCCCUGGACCACGCCUCCAUGGUCAAGAUGGCCUUCGAGGAGGCCCCGCCCCCCGUCACAAAGGGCCGGGGCAGGGGACGCCCCAGGACUGUCAGCCUGUCGACCCCCACCCCUCCCCCCUCCUACCACACCCUCAGAGAGGAGGAUGAGGAGGAGGAGAGACUGCAGAGGCUGAGACUCAGGGAGCAGCUGGGAGCAUCCAGCCUGAUACAGCUGGGCUCGGCCCCCACGGCUGACCUGUCUGUCCUGGCUGAUGUGGCCCUGAAGCUGGACCCAGACGCUGGAGACUCGGAGGAGACGGAGACAUCAGACGAGGCAGAGGAGCAGAAGAUGGAGGAGGAGAUGCUCCUCUCUCCAAAAGCCCUCCCCCUGGUUAUGGACCCACAGGGCCUGUCUGCCCUGCAGGAGCACAACUAUUCCAAAGCCCCCUUCCACCUCAUCCCCGCCCAAAAGAGGAAUGUCUCCAAACAGGAGCCAGGGGUGCUCCUCCCUGCAGACCUAAACCAUCAAGCCAUCUCUGGGGUGCUGGAGGCACCUGAGGAGGUCAUAGGGGAACCCCUGCCCUCUAGGGACAGACACCAGGCUGAGUAUCUGUCUGGCAUGGGGCUGCUGUGUGAGGCUGGCAACACGGCCAAGGCCACUGUGCUGGCACCUCUCACCCCAUCAGCCAAGAGGAAGGGAAUGGUAGCGAGGGGGCGCGAAUUGGAGGAGAUGGGCAAAGGGAAGAACAAGAAGAGGAGGAGGAAAGACAAGGAAAACCUGGAGUUGCAGCAAACGAAAAAACAGAAGGAACAUCAGACCAAGAAACAGAAGAAGAGGAAACUAGAGGAGGUGGACCUGGAGGAGGAUGUGGACGUGGAGCAGCUGGAGCCGGGUGAGCUGUCUAACACGGAGGACGAGGAAGAGGAAGAGUGGGACGAUGUGAGGAAGAGCGAGCGCCUCUUCCUCCAGGAGGCCGGUCUGACGUCGUCGCAGCGUUGGCCCAAGCCCAUCCCAGCCCCGGAGGCCGUCACAUUUGACCAGCGCAGCGAGUUUGAGCAGAUGACCAUCCUGUACGACAUCUGGAACUCUGGUCUAGACGUGGAGGACAUGACUCUGCUGAAGACCACCUACGAGAAGCUGCUGCAGGACGACCACAGCACUGACUGGCUCAACGACACACACUGGGUCCACCACACUGUUACCAACAUCCCCAACCCGCGGCGUAAGAAGAAGAGUGCAGACGGGCAGCUGCGGGAGCACGCGACGGGCUGUGCCAGGAGCGAGGGCUACUACGCCAUCAGCAGGAAGGAGAAGGAUGUCUACCUGGAUCUGGAACUGCCUGAGCAGGCCCUACUGGAGGCUGCCGACUACGAUGCCUCGGGCUCAAACAGGCUGCUGUCAGAGAGACGGUCGGAGCAGCGCCGCCUCCUCAGUGCCAUAGGCAUCCCUGCAGUCAUGGACUCUGACCUGCUCAAACUCAACCAGCUCAAGUUCCGUAAGAAGAAGCUUAGAUUUGGCCGCAGUAGGAUCCAUGAAUGGGGCCUGUUCACCAUGGAACCCAUUGCUGCUGACGAGAUGGUCAUUGAGUAUGUGGGCCAGAACAUCAGACAGAUGGUGGCUGACAACAGAGAGAAGCGUUAUGCCCAGCAGGGCAUCGGGAGCAGCUACCUGUUCAGAGUGGACCACGACACCAUCAUCGAUGCCACCAAGUUAGGCAACCUGGCACGCUUCAUCAACCACUGCUGCACUCCUAACUGCUACGCAAAGGUGAUCACCAUAGAAUCCCAGAAGAAGAUUGUGAUCUACUCCAAGCAGGCCAUUGGCAUGAAUGAAGAGAUUACCUACGACUACAAGUUCCCUCUAGAGGAAAAUAAGAUUCCCUGUCUGUGUGGAACAGAGAACUGCCGUGGGACGCUCAACUAGAGACCACAGUAAUGACCACACUCACACUGAGGGGUGGCAGUACCCCGUUUCAGUCCCUCCUGUCCCCCCUCCACAAACCCCCGACUAUAACCAAGAACAAAGCCAUGGUUCCAACACACCCACCACCAACAGCCAACCUGCUCCUCCAGACUGUCAAACAGUUGUCUGGACCAUAUCCAGGAAACAGAGAGACACACGCAACAUUUGCACUGUUCACACACUUUAAUUUACCUGGGGUUAUGGUUUAUUAUCUUAGGGGUUGUGAGACCCUCCCUCCCUCCCUCCCAGGGGUGUGAUUAAUAUUCAUGCCCCCUCUCGUGUACCAAAAACCCCUGAAAUGCAGCAUUAGUCUACGCUGUAGCAGGAUUUAGUAACUUAGGGCCACUUGUUCCCGUUCGGUCAAGCGUAGAAGGUUUUUUCCCUAACCUAUCAACACUGGUUUUGUGUGUCUUGUGUUCGCCCCCGCACAGAUAGGCAGUGGUCCGGAAGCUCCCACUAACCUCAACCCUCUCUGCCCACACACACAGACGCACAGGAUUUACAAACAUAUUCAGGGUUUUAAAGGCACUCGUCGCGGCGCAGUUUUAGUUACACACUCUGAUCCAUUGGGACUUCAGUUAUGCAAGAUUUCCAAAAAUGAAGAUUGUUUGAGCUUUGUCAUUUUAUAGUAUUGCAUAUUCUUAUUAUUACUAUUCUUGUUCUGAUUUAGUUGCGUGAGCUGUAAGUGUCUUACAGUGAAGUGAACUUCAGUGUUCCCACCACCGUCCUCUCAGCGCUCCCACCAGCCCUUUUAUCCUCUAGUACACCCCCUCCUCCUCCUGGGUGCGUGACUCUCCCCUCUCACCAGUUUGUUUGGAUGAGAGACCAUAGACUUUUACAAAUAUUUGUUUUUCACCAUGCUACAAAAGGACAAAUCAUUUGUAGAUCAAAUAUUGUGUGGCGUCAAGUCAGUUUGUCUUUAAAGCCUAAGAUGGCUGCUGAGUUUGUCUGCAGGUUUAGUGCAAUUAGGAAUGCUUUGUUUGUUCCUUUUAAGUUCCCCUUGCCCCUUCGUGAUGUUGUCCCUUCUCACGUUAGGAUGCAGAGAAGGGACCUGACCCGUGUGUGUCUCUUUAUCUGUGUGUUUAAGAGAAUGUAUUCUUACAUGAGCGAGUAUGUUUUUAAUCCUGUUGUGUGAAUGUGCUCUCACUGUCAAUUUGUAGUUUUGUGCUUUUGAACAACCUGCAAAUGUCAGGUUGUCUGCGCUUUUUGUAUGACAUGGUCAAGGCACACUGUCAGGAAAACUGUUUCUAUGAAAUCUCCAUUAUUUGGCAAACCAUUACAGACAAAUCUGUUUACAAACAUAACUCUGCCCCAUUGACCCCUAUACAAGCGUUGAGAUCUGUGUAUGUUGGACUUUGUCAUUGAGUGUGUUCUGAAUGGUUUUAAUGGGUAAACUUAUCUGUGUAGAUCAGAUAUGGUAAAUCUAGUUUCUAGUUAAGUCUAUCUCGAGUUUAGACGAGCCCUUUAUUUGUGCAUUUAUUAAAUGCAUUGGCCUAUGACUAUUUUUAACAUGAAUAAUAAGAAAUAUAUAUUUAGGCAUGUUGAUGUUCACUAUAAUCAAUUCCCCUCUCUCAUAGGAAAUUAUGGGUUAGCGUGGAGCGACACCCCAGACCAUCUCUGUGGAGUAUCUGUGUGUCUUGGCCUAAUAUGUAGAUGAACCUUCAGAUAAAUCUGUGUUUGGUAGGCGAAUCAGAACCAGGGGGGGGGGUCGUUUUUCAUUGUUAUCCAUGCUCGCUCAACUCAAGCAGUCGCUGUUCGAAGUUUCAAUCUUUGAUUUCGAUGUUUUAAAUGUCACAAGGCCCCUCCAUGUUCUGUUCCAUCCACAGCAGAAAAGUAAUCUAUAUUUCUUGUUGCAACGGGCGCUUUUCAGUACAAACCAACCCUCUAACUUUUAAAUAAAAUAUGGAAAAAAAAGUUCAGACAAAUGUACAUAUUGUAGAGGUGUUUGUUUCUCGUAGAAACACACUGGUUCCAAUCUGUAAAUAUGUUGUUAUUUUCCUACUUCCCAUGAGGAAAACUGUACAUACCUUCCAUUCAGUUAUUUUUAGUUUUUCCUUUUAAUUUGAUUUAUUUUAAUAUUAUUUGCAAUAUUUCUCUUGUAUUAAUGCGUUGGACCCUUUUAUUAAUGGUGCAUUAAAAUAUUUUUUAAAAAAAAGUGAAAGCUUUGUUUUAGUUUUCUUUUGUAAUGCCUUGGUUGAGUGUCUGACUUUCCCCUACUAGCCCCUGGGUUGUCUAUAGGGGUGUGUUGGUAAAUUCACUCUGGCUAUCUACUGCGAUUUCAGAGCACUCUCGUCCAAGUGUGCAAGAGUGUAGAAUAAUUGAGGAAUUUAUACGAAAGCGCAACAACCGUUGAAUGUGUCAGUAAACGUCGGCAAAAAAACGUUAUUAAAUUGUUGCCAGCAUCACCA